AUGGAAGAAGAACUUGAACUCUACCACUUUCUUAAAAAACACGUUCCUCAAACAUCGAAUGAAUCUAUAGUUGAAUUUAUGGAGAAUGUUGAAGCAAAAAGGGAAAAAUUAGUUAGAAUUCAUCGAAUAAUUACCAUUUCUCCUUUUCUUACAUCUAAAAUCUCAUUCGAAGGACUUAUUCCACAACUCCAUUAUCUUCCAUCAUUCAUUUUCCGUCCACAAGAAGUAAUUCCGCCUAAAAUUUCCCCUCAAAUUUUACAACAAGUCGCACAACUAUACCAAAUGGUUCAACAAGAUGCAUCAAACUUAUUUCAAGCAGUUCUUAAGCUAAAAGGAACAACUUCUUUUUAUUUUUUAAUUCAAUCUUCAAUUCCAUCAAUAUACGGUUUCUUCUCUUCGAAAGAGCACAUUCAACUUGCAUUCCCCUUCUAUGUUAAUGCCGUUUCGAUCGAAGACAAAUCAAUCGCAACAGAAAUUUUACUUCCAUUUUUCAGAACUCCAUGCAUGUAUAGAUUUUACGAAAGCUCAGUUUUCUCACUUUCAGAGAGAAUGCGCUCAGAAACUAGGUUCAAAAAAGGAAAAUUACCUGAUUCAAUUUUAUUAUACUACCAACAGAUAUUACUACAGGCCAUCGACUCAUCCCUCCCAUUACUUACACAAUCCCACACAACAUUGCUUAAAAUGAUGCUCCAACAAUGGGGAGAAACAGAUUUUAUUAAUUUUUUCAUCAACACAUUACUAUAUGAGUUUUCUGCAACAUGGUUUCAGAAUAAUUCGCUUGAACUACGCAUCCCAAUACUCAGAUCCAUUUUUGAUCUUAUAAUUAACGAUGAAAAAAUCAAAUCCGAAAUUUGCGAGAAAGUUCAAGCGAAUACCUCAAACCUAGAGCUCCCCAAUAACUAUAUAUCAUUUGGCCACCAGUAUAUCCUCAUUCUGACCACCAGCGCCGAUUUUGUCACUGUUUUGAAUGCAUACUCCCAAGUAAAAUCGAUUCCCAUGAGUAUAAUCAACGCCAAAGCAGACAUAACCAACAAUUUCCAUCUCUUCUGGGUAAAAAUUUUCUACCGUAGAAAUAUUCCCCAAAUCCAGAUCAACAGACCCAUUGUUUUCUCCCAAACAUACAAGAUGCCAGAGGGAGCGAGCGACUACGAGAGAAUCUUCCUCCAUCUCGAAUCCCAAACGAAUGAUCCGUACGACCAGCUGAUCAACUCGAAGGAACUAGGUUUUGUGAGCAAUGAUGUACGCGAAUACAUUUUGAGGCGUACGAUAUCGUACCAGGUCUCUCAAUCCCGCAAAUUUGAGAGGAUGAUGGAGUUCCGGCUUUGUUCCAAGCAGCUAGACCGAUGGAUUGAGAUAUCUGAGGCAGGACUCCGCCUAUCCAUCACGCAAAUAGCAGAAAAAGCCGCAAACAUGGCAUUCGAAAGGGGAUAUAAGUACAUGAACUUUGCAUUUCGAAAAGCAUCGACCAUGUUUGACGAGAGGCUUCUCCGGCAGAUGCAGUUCCUUGUUCUAGCACAAAGUUACUUCUCUAAGUACAUCAGCGGCCUGGAAAAGGACAUAAACAAAGUAAACGACUGGUGGUUCAACCUCCUGCAGCAGAAGAACACGGCUCUGGAUGAUAUAUACAUAGAGUUCACCACAAAGUCUGCGAAUGGCCUGUUCUGGGAGUGCGUUGAGGUUUUGCAGACGAUUUCUUUGGAAGAUUUCAAGAUUUCGUUUAGAAAUAUAAUGAGAGUUGUAAGAAAUAUCGACCAAAUUGCUACAACGCACUCACAUGAGAGAGAAAUCAUGAAAACAAGGAGUUUGCUUGAAAAAGCGGUGAUUUUGGGAAAAUCUUUCAAUUUGUUAUCGAUUUACUUGGCCAUUGGACCGAUUUGCAUGGAUAACCAGGCAUUUAAAGACCUCUGCACUGAAGAGGAACAGAGAUACUGGGUUAUUUUCGAGGCUUUGAUUUUCACUUUACUGAACAACGAAACAGAGAUGUACACGAUAAUUUCUAAGGUACAAGAAAAACUUAGAAACAUAGAAAAGGAUGGAGAUGAUUCAAUUGAAGAAAAUUAA